GUGAACUUCAGUCCAGAGAGAGGGUGAGGGAGACGGAGAGGAGAAGGAGAGCUGGAGAGCUGGAGAGAGACCGGGGUUGAAGGGGGGCGGGAGGUAGACUUUCUUUCUCCUUUCACAUUCAAACCUCUGUCCUUCACUCGUUUACAGAUUUUCACCCGGAAUACAAGCUGGAAUUAAAAAAACGGACUUUUCCCGGAAAUCCAUGAUCAGAGGUGUUAACUGUUUGGAUUUAUGUUACAGAUGGACUACAGAUCAACACAACACUGAUUAAGCCUUUUCCAGUUCUUAAAGGAUUAUCUUUUCCCUGCUGGUCGUCAUGCUGUUAGUGUUGGAUCCAAACUGAUUAAAUACACUGGUGCCUGCAUGUUUUGGCCCGCAGUUAAAGAAACAUUGAUCGGCCAACGAUGUGACUGGACCUAGAGGUGGCCAUCUCACCUACCAUGAUGGAAUCUGGUCUGUCACCUCUAAACCUCAACACGAGCAGCUUCGUCAACAACAGCAACAACAGCUGGAGCGGCCUCCUCAAUGGCGACUCGCUGGGGAGCAAUCGCACCCUGACCUUCCAUGACCGUUUCCACAACGCCCUGCUGGGGGUCUGUCUGGGGCUCCUCUCUCUGCUCACCAUCUUCAUGAACCUGCUCGUCCUCUACGCCGUGAAGAGGGAGAAGAGCCUCCACACCGUUGGGAACCUCUACAUCGUCAGCUUGUCGGUGGCGGAUCUGAUUGUAGGGACCACGGUCAUGCCUCUGAACUUGGUGUAUUUAUUGGAGGAUGAAUGGAAGCUGGGCCGGGCGGUCUGCCAGUUUUGGCUUAUUAUGGACUAUGUGGCGAGCACGGCCUCUAUUUUCAGCCUGUUUAUCUUGUGUUUGGAUCGGUACCGCUCCGUCAGACAGCCACUCAAGUAUCUCAAGUAUCGGACACGGGGAAAAGCCAGCGUGAUGAUUUCUGGAGCCUGGCUCCUGUCGAUGAUGUGGAUUAUUCCAAUUUUAGGAUGGAGGUCUUUCACACACGUGGACCUUAAACCUGAGGAGGAGAACAAGUGCGACACGGAUUUCCGCUUCGUCACAUGGUUUAAGGUUAUCACUGCAGUCUUCAACUUCUACGUGCCCUCAAUUUUGAUGCUGUGGUUUUACACACACAUCUACUUGGCUGUGAGACAGCAUCUGAGAGACAGAGAGAGAAUCAUCCAUCCAACAGACUCAUUUGGGGAAAAUGAGAACGGACAACAUGUUAAAACGCCCGAGAAAAAUGACUCCAAAUCACCCACAAGGGAGCGAGAGGCUCCAAUCAAACUCUCUAAACAACAACGCUUGCUGGACCAGAACACUCUAGAUCAGACAUAUUCACUUGAAGAUGCUGAUAGAACCAAAACUGCUCCUUCGAGAUCUCACAGAAAAAUUGGCGUGAAGUGCCAGCAGACGUCCCUGCUUGCCAUGACAACAAAACGACUCCGAAUGGCACGAAAGGCCAAAAGGUGCUCCUUGUCCCCUGAGGAGAAGCAGCCCGAUUCUGAGAUUCCCCUGAGUCGACCCCUGGUGCCACAGGAUGUAAUUUGCUCCGAGGGGAAUAACGAGAACAAACUUCAAGCAUCUUUAAAUGAAUGUCACGUCACCGUUCCAAACUCAGUGAGCGGCAUCUGCGACAUCGGUCAGGUUUCGGACGUGCAGAGAUACACGCCUGCUCUCUACAACAACUACGACCCCAGUCACGCCCUGCCCUGGACUGAAGAAGGGGUCGAAGACGCCAAAUUGGACCCGGCCAACGCGGUGACUCUGAGACAGACCUGGCAGAAGUUCAUUGACCAGUCACGUCAGCGUAUCCAAAGCCUGAGGAUCCACAAAGAGCACAAAGCAGCCAAGCAGUUGGGCUUCAUAAUCGCUGCUUUCAUGUUGUGUUGGAUACCGUACUUCAUAGCUUUCAUGGUCAUGGCGUUCUGCAGAGAGUGCGUGCACCAUGACCUUCACAUGUUCACCAUAUGGCUGGGUUACAUCAACUCCACUCUCAACCCUUUCAUAUACCCGCUCUGCAAUGGGAACUUUAAACGGGUCUUCAAAAAUAUUCUGAACAUUCGUUUGUAACAGAUUGUGAUGGAAAAAUCAGCAGAACAAAAUCAUAGGUGUCUAAAUGCUGCUGAUAUUCACAGAGGAGGAGGACAACAGUCAAACAGUUGAAUGAAUUAAGUGUCGUCUUUUAAAGUGUGGAUAGAACCGUACAUGUAUUUUGAGUGUCAGUUAUUUCUGUUUGCUCUAGAUCUUAUUUUUGUAACUUACUGUGCUUUUCAGAUUCAUGGGAACACUUGAGGUUAAUAUCUAAAUUCAAUGUUAUUUAUUUUGUCUGUGUUAUGCUACAAUGAUAAUAAAAUAUGUCUAGGACCAGACCUUUAAACUCAAAGGAAUUUGAUCUCUGAAGCAGAGAAACAGGAGCACAAAUUUAGUGUUUUGGCUCUGGUCCAGAAUGAAGGAAAUGUCCAAAAUGUGUUUUUAAAGAAAAUCUUUUUAACUAUUUAUUUUCUUGUGUAGAGAAACAGAGAUUUAAUGUGAUAAAAGAUGCUGGUAGAAAACAUUUAACAUUUUACAAGCACUGCCAUGCAUUUGUGAGUGUAUUUUUUGUCACAUUGUUUUCUCAUCAUUGAAACAGGAUAUGAGACGUCAGUCCAGGAAAAGCACAAAUCUUGGCUAGUGUCUACUGAACUGAUUUUGGAUCUGUUCAAAUGUCCUUUUACUUCACCCUUCUUUUUAGGGUUUUUAAAAAUGCAAGCUUUAAAUGAUUUAUUGUGUUUUUAACACAUUAAAGCUGUUAUCAAUAUAAAAAUGUUCCGGUCUGGUUUUACCUCCGUCAUCU